AUGGAAGAAAUUAAAAAUGAAGAAGACGAAGAUGAGAAAGCUUUAAACGUUCUGAACAGACAAUUAACUAAUUUAAAGAGUGUCAAUUCUCAAUUCUUCCAACAAUUUGAAGGAAAUAUUAAAUUAAAAACAGAAUGCCAAAAAUGUUUAAAUUUAGUUUUACUUUUAAAAAUAUUUGUAAAAAAUAAUUUGAACAUUGAUAAAAAUAUUAUUGGAAAAUUUGGAAAGGAAUGCAAAUUAAACGAUGUUAAAGAGGACAAGAAAAUUGAGGAAUUAUAUGAGAAAAUUAAAGAAUUAGUAGUUAAAGAGAAGAAUGUUGUGACUGCUAAAGAAUUAAAAAAUUUACAAAAUAAUUUAAACAAAUUAUUUAAAGAAUUAAAAAAAAUUAUUGAUCAAAUUGAAAAUAAAAGUCAAUUAAUGGAGUAUUUUGAAGAAUUGAAAAGUAUUGAGAAAAAAUCUGAAGAAAAGGGACAUCGAGUUGAAAUUAUUGAAAAAAUGAAUAGUUUAGUGAAUGGAGAAAAUAUUGAAGAAUUUGAUGAACGAUUGGAAAAUAAAUAUAAAUUUUUGUUGGAAAAUUGGAAAAAAUUAUUUUUUGGAGAAGAAAAGGAAAAAAAUAUUUUUUACAAACAAUUAUUACCAGAAAUUAAAGGAAUUGAAAAUUAUUUUAUAGAUUCUGGUGAUCUAUUUGUUGGAUAUUGUUUAACUAAAAGAAUUGAAAAUUCAUUCAAUAAAGAUGGAACUGUGAAAUUUUCUGAAUUUUUGAGUAAUGGUGUUGGACAGGAAUAUGGAUUGGAAUUGAAUGAAGUUUUGGGGCAGAAACGUAUUGAUAUUGGGUAA